GUAGAAAAUACGUGGAGGCCUAUAGACUGCCCACAUGCAGCUAAACGUAGAGAUUUCGUAACAUUUCAUUAUAAAGCUUUUACUGAAGCUAAUAAAAAAUGUGAUCAGUCAUAUGGACGUGAGCCUAUCCGAAUACAACUUGGCGUAGGUAUGGUAAUUCCUGGAUUAGAUAAGGGUAUGCGUGGGAUGUGUGACACCGAACUUAGAAAAAUUCAAAUUCCAUAUCGGUUAAGCCGAAAGAAAAAAAGUCGAGUAUGGAAAAACAUCCCGAACGAUGAGCACUGGCUUACUUUUAACAUCGAGAUGAUGUCAGUUGAGCCUUGGUCUACUGAAUUACAAUUCAAAUUUUUGGACAUAAACAAUGAUUCAGCGCUUACAGAAAAUGAGCUUGUCAAAUUUCAAGAAAAUUUGAAGAAAAACUUUGGAAAAACGUGGAGUAAUGAAGAUAUUGACCUAGUACAUGCCGCUAAGUACUAUAUCAGGUAUUUUGAUGUUGACGGUAAUGGACGAAUUAAUUUACAAGAAUUUAAACAAGUCAUGCAACGAGAUCUAGCAGUGAUGGAUGCAUUAGGAGGUAAGCAAAAAGAAAAAGGUCGAAAACGUGAUCCAUCAAUCGCUUGGAUUUUAGACUUCAACAAUGAUGGUGUUGUUUCGUUACAGGAAAACGAUCGCGCUGACAAAAUAUUACAACAUCCGCCAACAAUCUUACCCAUAUUUUCAAAAGACGAGCUUUAG